UUGCUUCUUCUUACUUUGCUUUGAUCAUCAUCAUCAAUCUUCUUCCGAGUUUUUUUGGUGGAAGAAGAUUGGCAGCUAAUCAGUGGAAAUGAGUUUUAGUAGAAUUCCCAUGUUUAGUACCUUUUUGCCUUUCUUCCUUUGCCUAGCUCAUGUGGUUUCAAGCCAUGGUGGUGGAAUGAUCAUGAGAGACAGAGCAGCAUUGGUUUCAUUCAUGUCGGGGAUUGUUUCUGACCCUCAACAUGCUCUUGAGGUUUGGAAUUAUAAUUCUUUGGAUGUUCAUGUAUGCAAUUGGUCCGGAGUUCGAUGCAACGAGGAUAAAGACCAAGUUGUUGAGCUUGAUCUUAGUGGAAGGUCACUUAGGGGAACCAUUUCCCCUUCUCUUGGCAAUCUUUCUUCCUUGAACAUUCUUGACUUGUCAAGAAACUUCUUUGAAGGUCAAAUUCCUAAAGAGUUAGGAUUGCUUUCGGAGCUUGGACAGCUAAGCUUAUCAUCCAAUCUUCUUGAGGGGAACAUUCCUUUUGAGUUGGGAUUUCUGCAAAAGUUGGUCUAUCUUGAUUUGGGAACCAAUCAUCUCAAGGGUCGACUUCCUAUCUCGCUCUUCUGCAAUGAGUCUUCCAAUUCAUUGCAGUACAUAGACCUUUCCAACAAUUCUCUAAGCGGCGAAAUUCCUUUGAAGAAUGAAUGUGAGCUCAAAGAAUUGAGGUUUCUUCUACUUUGGUCCAACAAACUCAAGGGUCAGAUUCCUCCCGCUCUCGCGAACUCCUCAAAGCUCGAAUGGCUUGACUUGGAGUCGAACAUGCUUAAUGGGGAGUUGCCAUCGGAGAUUGUGCGCAAAAUGCCUCAGUUGCAGUUCCUCUACUUGUCAUACAAUGACUUUGUCAGCCAUGAUGGUAACACCAACUUAGAACGCUUUUUCACUUCUUUAGUUAAUUCAUCUAACUUUCAAGAACUCGAAUUGGCGGGAAACAAUCUUGGCGGGGUUAUACCAUCUAGCAUUGGUGAUCUUUCUAAAACCAAUCUUGUACAGAUUCAUUUAGAUGAGAAUCUUAUUUAUGGUUCAAUUCCACCUCAGAUUUCUAGACUUGUCAACCUCACCCUCUUGAACUUGUCUAGUAACCUUUUGAAUGGCACAAUCCCAUCAGAGUUAUGCAAGAUGGGAAAGCUAGAGAGAGUUUAUUUGUCAAAUAACUCACUUUCUGGGGAGAUCCCAUCAGCUUUUGGUGACACUCCUCAUCUGGGUCUUCUUGAUUUGUCUAGAAACAAGCUUUCUGGUUCAAUCCCAGAUAGUUUUUCCAAUCUUUCCCAAUUAAGAAGACUCCUUCUCUAUGAUAAUCAGCUUUCAGGAACCAUACCACCAAGCCUAGGAAAAUGCAUCAAUUUGGAGAUCCUAGACCUCUCCCAUAAUCAACUUUCCGGGGUCAUUCCUGGUGAAGUUGCAGGGCUGAGGAGCUUGAAGUUGUACCUAAAUUUGUCCAGUAACCACUUGUAUGGGCCUUUACCAAUUGAGCUGAGUAAAAUGGAUAUGGUGCUUGCCAUUGACCUAUCUUCCAACAAUGUCUCUGGCACCAUCCCACCACAACUCGGAAGUUGCAUUGCCCUCGAGUACCUUAACCUCUCCGGUAAUGUCUUGGAAGGCCCUCUUCCAUUUUCCGUAGGACAGUUGCCUUAUCUUCGACAAUUCGAUGUCUCUUCAAACCGCUUAACAGGCCCAAUACCGCAAUCUCUGCAGGCAUCUGCAACCCUUAAGCAACUCAACUUAUCCUUCAACAAGUUCUCCGGGAACGUGUCAAACAAGGGGUCCUUCUCUUCCCUAAGCAUGGACUCUUUCCAAGGAAAUGAAGGCCUUUGUGGCUCAAUAAAAGGCAUGCCAAGCUGCAAGGGGAAACACACUCAUCAUAUAUUCAUGCUAACAAUCCUCCUUCCAAUAUUUUCCAUCCUCAUUUUGUGCAUGUUUUGUUACUCCCUAGUAGUCAGGUCAAAAAACAGAAGUAAAUUGGCAAUCUUCAAGAUAGGGGAUUUGGAGGAAGCUGAAGGAGAUAGAAAGGAGCUUAAGUACCCAAGAAUCUCAUACCAGCAGCUUAUCGAUGCCACUGGCGGGUUCAGUCCCUCAAGCCUGAUUGGUUCAGGCAGAUUCGGGCAUGUCUACAAGGGUGUUCUUCAAGACAACACAAGAGUUGCUGUGAAGGUGUUGGAUUUGAAGGAAGCUGGAAUCGUUUCAGGAAGCUUUAGAAGAGAGUGUCAAAUCCUGAAGAGGACUAGACAUAGAAAUCUGAUAAGGAUCAUCACAAUCUGUAGCAGGCCAGAUUUCAAAGCUCUUGUUCUUCCAUUAAUGUCAAAUGGGAGCUUAGAGAGGCAUCUAUACCCCAGUCAUGGAUUGAGAAAUGGACUAAACUUGGUUCAGCUGGUGAGCAUCUGCAAUGAUGUGGCGGAAGCAGUGGCCUAUUUGCACCACCAUUCUCCGGUUAGAGUCGUGCACUGUGAUCUGAAACCGAGCAAUAUUCUGCUUGAUGAAGACAUGACAGCUUUGGUGACUGAUUUUGGAAUUGCAAGGCUAUUGAAUGGAAGGGAUGAGAGCAAUGCUGCAACUUAUGACUCGACAUCUUUCAGCUCAGCUGAUGGCUUGUUAUGGGGGUCUGUUGGAUACAUAGCUCCUGAGUACGGAAUGGGAAAACGCGCUUCAACUCAUGGGGAUGUCUACAGUUUCGGUGUUCUUCUGCUCGAAAUCGUGACCGGGAAGCGGCCCACAGAUGGCUUUCCUGUUGAAGGUUCAAGCCUGCAUGAAUGGGUGAAAACUCAGUACCCAAGUAGGCUUCAGCCUAUAGUUGAACAAGCAUUGGAGAAAUACACUCCAACUGCAAUGCCAAAGCAUUACAACAGGAUAUGGGCCAAUGCAAUAAUUGAGUUGAUUGAACUAGGACUUAUGUGCACACAGUACAAUCCUUCAACAAGGCCAAGUAUGCAAGAUGUUGCGCUCGAAAUGGGUCGGUUGAAGGAAUAUCUCUUCGAUCCUUCUGCAGUCUUGCUUGAAGAAGUUGAUCAAAAAUUUUAAGGGCAUUCCAUUUCCACUCCUAAAAUGGUGGUGGAAAGAGUUUUAUUGAUUUUUUUUUUUUCUUUUUUGUGGGUAAACCAGUUUUGGUAACUUAAUAACU